AUGUCCCGAGACGCCGAGAGCCUCCAGGCCAUCAACAACAAGACGCUGGGCACAUCCGCCGACGCCUUUCCCGUCGUCACGCUGCCCAGCGGCGAAAAGGUCCCGACGGGCACGGUGGGCGCGCUGCUCGUCAACGUCCGGGCCUACGACGCGGCAGCAGCCGCGGGCGACAUCGCCGCGCAGGACGUGCUCGCGGGGGCCAUAGCCGCCGCGGUACCGGUCCUGCGCAAGGUGGGCCUAUUUGACCUCUUCCGCCCAGAAGAGUGGGCGUCGGAUAAAAGCCCAGGAAGAUCGUUGGUGGGAGAGCUGGCAAAGGGGGCGAAAUGA